AUGGACCUAGAUGCCCAGCUAGACAAAUUGGAAAAGCUCAGCUCCCCUGUAGGCAAGAUAAGGUCCAGGGCAGUGGAAGAAGCAAUGGAGAGACUGAAGAUCUGGCAGUCUACUAAACUGGAGCUGGAUGAGGGCAGGGAGGCCUUUGACCAGCUGAUGAAGGAUCUGGAUCUGCUGCACAGACAGAACAUGGCCCCAAAACCUAUACUCGAGAUGAGCCUUGUCUUGGCGAGGGAUGUGCUCAACCUUCACGACCGUUAUGAAGAUCUAAGGCCCACCUUCAAAACCUCUGAGUUCUGCAAGGCCACUCAUGAAGCCAACUUGGCUGAUUUUGCAAAGCAGAAAGCAGAACUGGACCAGAUGGUUGUGGGGUAUAAAGAAGCCAAAGCUACUGCGGAUAAAUUGGAGAAACAGAUUGCGGAGCUUCAAAAACAGCUGGCAGAGCGCCGGGAAGUGCAGCACAGGCUCGGGGCUGGAUUGAGCUCCAAGACCAAGGCCACUUUCCUUGUGCAGAACAUGGUUGCAGCUUCUAGGCCAGCCCUGGAGAUUGCAGAGGCUUCAAUUCAUCAGGGUGUGCUGCUUCAAAAGGAACUUUCUAUCAAGAAGACCAAUCUGCAAGAGACUCUCAGAAAAUUAGGAUUUUGA